AUGUCGGAGCCACCACCACAGCAGCCCCAGAUCAUGGUCGACGACCAAGGCCGGCUGGCCUUUGUCCUCAUGCCACCGUCCAACAUGGGCAGCAGCGGCCCGUUGGCGACACGCCCACACGCAACCACAGCCGCCAGUAUUCCACCGUUCCCUCCCGUCAUGAACGCUUUCCCAUCGGCGCAACUCGCCGCUGUCAACCUCGACGCAGACGACGGCGAUGCCCCCGACCAGCACCAGCACUACCUCCCGCCAGACCUGCACGACGAGCUCAACCAGCUGAUCGACGCGCAAGGCGACCCCAACCCCGACGCACAGCGCGUCCCCCUCCGCGUCCGCGUGCCGGACAUGGACGGCGAGGUGCUCGAGUUCAAGCCCGAGGCCCUGGUCUUGCCGUACGACAUGCCCGCUGUGCAGCGCCGCCCCAGUGGCAAGCGCAAGACCGACAUUCCCAUCCCCGGCGUGGGCAUGGGAGUGGCGAGUGGCAGUGGCAGCGGCAGUGGGCCCAUCGCCGCCGACAGCCCCGGCAAGCGCCGUCGGUCCGACGACUCAAACACUUCGACAGGGACGACCGGGUCCGGUGGCUCGUCGUCCGCCGUGGCGGCGACCUCGGGAUGGACCGUGGACAAGAAAAAAGCCAUUCUCGAAAAAGUGUUCCAGGACGGCCUCAAGAACUUUCAGUGGGACGUGGUCGCCGCCGAGUACGGCCUGACGCGCAACCAGCUGCGCAACGCCCUCCAGGCCGGUCACAGGGGCAACCUGCGCGACAAGGCGAUUCGUUCUGCCGAGACGUAG